UGAGGGACGGGAGUGCCCCAUUCACAAUCUCUUUACAUUUACACAGGCAAACAGCGGAUCUCCCAGGAAGGACAAAUUAACUGGACACGGUCGAUAGAGACAUAUGUGUGAUAUAAAAAAAAAAAAAAAAAAAACCAGCCCGGAUGCAGCUUUUCAUUACACUUAUAGGGGAAAACUAUGACUCUUUUAAGCGACUGACGAUUUGGGAUACGGUUUUUACUUUUUCCUGCAUCUUUGCCGGCCAUUCAUCAAUUCAUUUAUAAGGUGCUGCACCCGUCUGGUUUUAUAUAAACCCGCCCUCUCUCCUGCUGUCUUUUUAUGAGUUCUGCGGUUAGGAUGGACACCCGGCUUAAUCUUCCCGUGUACCCGCUGAUGGUGCUGCUCUGCGCGGUCUGUGCACUGUCCGGGACCCGGAGCGCCGUGGCUGCUUCGGGGAGGAGCUGCGCCGAUACCCGGCAGGUGUACGCAGAGAAGGGGUACAGCACAGGCACCGCUCCGCUGACUCAAAUCUCCGGUGAGCACCUGCGGCUCUGUCCUCAGGACUACACCUGCUGCUCCAGUCAGAUGGAGGAGACACUGGCCCUGCAGAGCGAGAGAGAUUUCCUCAAAGCUGUCGAGGAAAACAGCCAGUUCCUUUUGACUACUUUUACCCAGAGACACCGCAGGUUUGAUGAGUUCUUCAGAGAGCUUAUAGAUUUGUCAGAGAAGUCGAUGAACCAGAUGUUUACCAAGACCUACGGCCGGCUCUUUACCCAGAAUGCACACGUCUUCCAGGAGCUGUUUGUGGAGCUGGGCAGAUAUUAUUCUGGGGGCAGUGUCAGUCUGUCAGAGGUUCUCUCAGAUUUCUGGUCCAGACUGGUGGAACGGGUCUUUUCUCUGGUUAACCCCCAGUAUCAGUUUAGUGAGGACUACCUGGAGUGUGUCAGCAAACACGCCGAACAGCUGCAGCCAUUUGGGGAUGUGCCCCGCAGACUGCGUGUACAAGUGUCGAGAGCUUUCAUUGCAGCCAGAGCACUAUCUCAGGGCUUAGCUACUGGUCGGGAUAUUGUCAACAAAGCAACAAAGUUGACUGCAGAUUCAGAGUGUGUGCGUGGGCUGAUGCGUCAGUGGUACUGCCCGCUGUGUCGAGGCAUGCCCUCCCUGAGGCCCUGCCACUCCCUGUGCCUUAAUGUAAUGAAGGGCUGCUUAGCCAAUCAGGGUGACCUCGACACUGAAUGGAACAAUUUCAUUGAUGCUCUGUACCAGGUUUCAGAGAAGUUGGAGGGGCCGUUCAAUAUGGAGCUUGCAGCUGACUCCAUCUCUGUGAAAGUGUCGGAGGCCAUCAUGCACAUGCAGGAAAACAGCGUCAGCAUCUCAACUAAGGUGUUCCAAGGUUGUGGAAGCCCCAGGCCAGCUCCAGGACGGUCCAAACGCUCACCUAAGGAGUCAGGGGGCAACAGGAGGCCCUUCCGCACCUACAGCCCUGAAGAGAAACCCACCACUGCUGCAGGCACCAACCUGGACCGACUGGUUACCGAGCUAAAGGAGCGACUGCGACCCAUGCGUAGCUUCUGGGUGUCCCUCCCACACACCAUCUGCAAUGAUGAGAAGAUGGCUGCCGACGUCACUAAUGAGGACCGCUGCUGGAACGGUCAGACCCGGGGGAGGUACCUCCCAGAUGUGACGGGCGACGGGCUGGUCAGCCAGAUCAACAACCCCGAGGUGGAAGUGGACAUUGCCAAGCCGGAUGUGAGGACCAGACAGCUGAUCAUGGAGCUGAGGGUGGUGACCAACAAACUCAGACACGCUCAGAGCGGCCAGGACAUGGACUUCAUGGACAGUGAGGAGGGCAGUGGCUCUGGAGAUCAGGGUGAAAGGUACAACGAUGAUUGGCCCGGCUAUGGGCCUUACUCCCCACCCUACAACAAACCCCCUCACAACCCCGUCUCCAACCCUGCAAAGCCACCGCGAGUCCGAGAGAAAAACGGCUCCAAGUGGAACAGAAACAACGGUCAUGGACGGGUCAAAUCUGCAACCAGCCAGCUCUCUUUCUCCCUGGUUCCUUUGUUGUCUUUGCCUUUCAUGGUCACCGUCGCCCCCAUGUGGAGAUAGCUGGUUAUUACAGUCUGGAGCUGGAAGUUGUCUGUCAUGCUGGAGUCUCAAGCACAUUAUGAAAAACAAUGAAAGUCAUUCCAUUUGGUUGCACCAGCCGAAAAACAAACAAACACAAACAGUCUAAUUUAGCAAUAAUUGCAAAUCUGUUUACAGCAACAACAAAAAAAUAGGUUAAAGUGAACAGUUUUCCUGCUGCCCAAAAGGUAUUACCAGGCAUUGAUGACAAACGAUACUUAAGGUGCUCUAAGCGAUGUUGGGUGACGGCACUUCUUGUUGACUUUCGAAGUACAGUCUUUUCAAGGCUAGCUCGCCCCUCCCUCCUCCUCAUCCCGUCCCCUACCCCUCACUUCUGUGCUUCUGCACACUAACCCCCCAAAUCUUUCUUGUCGCUUAUUGGCUGGAACGCUGGAAGACUGUUAUGUUUGGUGGUGCAGGUUGGCGCAGUUUGUCUUUGUUGGCGUUUGUGGAGCCUGGGCUGUCUACAGAGACCGCGUUUUCUUUUACAGUGUGUUCAGGGGACAGGAAGCUCGCGCAUAGUGAGAUGUUUGUUGUAUGUGACAAAAAAUGUUGUAGCCUAAUAAACGUGUGACAUCGCUUAGAGCACCUUUUAAUAAGUACUGCCAUUUUUGUAGUGCCAUUCGUUCAACCUAUUGGAGUCUUGAUGCUGAAUAGUGUGCAGUAUUGGAACAUAGGAGUCUGACAGAGAAACUAAAAGUACAACAGCAGAUGAAUUGGCAGAGUGUCUGGGUGAAGAAGCUCAUGGUGUCACGUGUUUGGCGAGAUGGAGGUUAGUCGUGUCGGUUAAUAACCGUGGAGUUUCAGUGAGCAGCUGAUUUGAUCGGAGUGAGUUUGUUUGCUGCCUUUCCAUGAAUUAAGUUCAUUAAUUUAAUUGAUCUUGAUUUCAAUGCGGUUGUGGUUAAUUGUUUGUGGACGUAGUAAGAUUAAUUUAGUGGCUUAAUUAAACCUCCAUAUUUUGGCUUGGAGAAAGAGUUAAUAAUGUGACUCUUGAAACCAAACAAGGGGCUUAUUUUGAAUGUAACCAAAAGCUCAAAUUAAUUUGGGGUAACUUGUGACAAGGAGUUGAUUCAUGUAAUAUAUUGGUUAUUAAUUUAUUUGUAAUAUAUUUCAUUGUUCUUAUGAUUUUUGAAGGGUCGAGUGUUUAUAUCUUUAAAAGAUAAAAAAAGGAAAGAUCAAGUGUAUUUAUUGAUCCUUAUCGUAAACCAAUCAUUUAAAUAUUAAAAAUAUUGUUAUUGAACAAAUCACAAAAAAACGCAUACAAUAAUGGGCCACAAGACCAGCUUUAGUUUUUCUUUUUUUUUAAAUCUUAACCAGAGAUUAAGGAGCAGUGUGUUGUUUGUCUGUAUGAUGGUUUUAUUGUUUGUUGUAUGUUCUUGUUCAAGGUUCUGAGGUCAUGUUGAGAAGAUUUUGGGAUGUUUUUUUUAAUAACAUGCUUUUCUACUUAUCUUUCCUAAAAGCAACAAAAGAUGAUGAAAACAGUAAGCGAGGUCAUGAUGUGGCGUAAAAUUGGAUUGAAUGUUAACGGAAAGACAAGAACUAAGAGACGAUGGCUCUUACUUUUCAUAUGCUGAAUGUGUUUGAGCGAAGAUAAAAAUCAAAGAAUUUUCAAGAAGGAAAAACAAAACUUGUGCGGAUUGGUCAUCCAUGGACAGAGAGGAGAAUAAACUAGUUUUACUUUUUUUUUUUUUUACUUCACUUUCUUGCUGAGAGUUGGAUAAGAGUGUUGCCAUGUUUGUAUUGAAAAUGUCAAGCUGCAGCCAGUUAGCUUAGCAUAAAGACUGGACACGGCUAACCUGGCUCUAUCCAAAGGUAACAAAAUCUGCCAAUCAGCACCUUACUAAUUAAAACAUUGUGUAGUGUUCGUUUAAUCUGUUAAAAAAAAAAAAAAGUGUAAAAACAACAAAUUAUGGUUUUACGUGAUGGACUAUUUCUUGGCUUGGAGCAAUUACCAAGUAACCAGCGGAGACCCUUAUGCUAAGCUAACCAACUGCUAGCUCCAGUUUCAACUCUUGGCAAGAAAGCAAAUAAACAUUAUGAACUAUUUGGUUAAAGACGAUGAAAGCCAAGUGAUAGGGUCCCAAAAAGAGAGCCGAUGGAAAAUAUUAAAAGAAUGUAUAGAUGCUGUGAAAGGACACCUUGCUGAAUAAGGAAUCGUGAAAUUCACUUGGUUGAAACAGAAGUACACUUGUAGUCAAAUGGGCUAUUGCACCUGUACAAAAUAUAGAGGGGUUUUAUUCUAAAAUGUUGCUAGCAAUUUAAUUAAGUUUUUAUUUGAGUUUCUGUCAAAGUUUUGGAAUAAAACCCUUCAGUGUCAGUAGGGUCCUUGUAUAAGACUUCACCACAAACAGUAUUGUGUUGCGCAACUACAAAUGAAAACACAGUAUUUCAAAGACAACAUUGUAAUCAUAUGUGCUUUUUAAUGAUCAGCAGUCAGAUUAGGAUGUGGUGGCUGCAAUAUUUCAAUUCUAUUUCAGGUAAAUUGUUCUGUAGUACGACCCCCUCAUCCAUCCCCACCACUCGCACAUUCCGUCAUGGUCAAAGUAUAGCACAACUUUUUUCAUGUUGUAACAGUUUUUUGGUAUUAAACAAGUGAUAUU